CUCGCCACUAUCCGUUUUCCGAUUCCACUACCAAGUUUUCUAAACACACCCUCAACCCCACCUUUACAAGGAAAGAUGUCCCGCACCAAAGAGACCGCCCGUGCCAAGCGCAGCAUCACCUCGAAGAAGAGCAAGAAGGCGCCCAAGGUGACCUCGGGAGUCAAACACGCGCAGCGCCGCUGGCGCCCGGGCACUGUCGCCCUGCGCGAGAUUAAGUCCUACCAGAAGAGCACUGACCUGCUCAUUCAGCGUGCCCCUUUCCAGCGUCUGGUGCGCGAGGUGUCAAGCACGCAGAAGGAAGGAAUGCGCUUUCAGAGCAGCGCUAUCCUCGCGAUCCAGGAGGCAACGGAGGCCUACAUUGUCUCGCUGCUGGCUGACACGAACCUUUCGUGUAUUCACGCCAAGCGCGUGACAAUCCAGCCGAAGGACGUGCAGCUUGCUCUGCGGCUACGUGGGGAGCGCCACUAAACCUCAGUGAGGAAUUUUUAAGAAAGCGAAUGGCAACCCCCAAAGGUUGCCUAGGGUUUCUUCAUAGAUGCUUUUUUUUCUUGUUUAAUUUUAUCUAUUACUAUCAGUUUAUAUAUAUAUAAUUUUUUUAAUCAGAAAAUUCGAUCAAUGAUUCAGUUAGGAAGAAAAGGAGAAUAAAUUGGAUAACCUUA